AUGUCUGAAGAGCGCAAGUUCUCAGCUUUGUAUAGCAUUCUAAUUGAAAGGGACAGCGAUGAGCUGCAUUUGGCUGCCUGGCAUGAUCUGGAAAGACUGAGAAUGCUACUUGACGCCGGGGCGAAUACCAAAAUCCAAAACAGGGAGGGGCUGACGGCCCUUCAUUGCGCUUUGGUUUGGAAAAGGAUGGAUGCUGUUAAAGUGCUCUUGGACCACGAUAGCAAAAUUGACCUCCAAGAUCGGUUAGGGCGCACUCCGUUGCAUAUAGCUGCUGCCCAAGGAGAAAUAGAUAUAGUGAGGAGGCUGCUGGACGCCGGCGUGAACACCAGUCUACAAGAAAUCGAGGGCCACACACCCUUGCACCUGGCUCUGAUGUAUGAGAAGUAUCAAACCGCAGAAAUCCUCGUUAAUUCCGACAGUGUAGUCAACCUUCCAGACAGCCAGGGAAACACUCCCUUACAUUGGGCUGCAUAUUGCGGAGAAGCAACAAUUGUAAGGAAACUGCUAGAUGCAGGUGCUGAUGCUCGUCUGCAAAAUGGCUUUGGGAGUACGCCCCUGCACGCCGCUGCGCGGUUCCAAAGAAGGGAUGCUGCCCUAGUUCUCGCGGAUCACGGCGGAGAAAUAGACCUUCCGGAUAGUUUCUUUCGCAAGACUCCCUUACAUUACGCUGCAUGUCAUGGAAUGGUAGGAGUCGUAAGGAAGUUGCUGGACGCCGGUGCGAAUACUCGACUUCAAAAUAUUGAUGGAGAUACACCCUUGCAUUGCGCACUGUCCAUGAAGAUGGCCUAUGCAGCAAGAAUCCUCGUGAAUUUCGACUGUAGAAACGAUCUACAAAACGGCUAUGGGAGGAGCCCCUUGCAUUUGGCUGCAGAUCGUGGAUAUGUUGGAAUAGUGAGAAAGUUGUUGGACGCAGGUGCCAAUAUCCGUCUGCAAGAUAUAUUUGGCUGGACACCUAUAUGCAUGGCUAAGCCAGGUGCAGCAAAAGUCCUCCUCGAAUCCGACGGUGAAAAUGACCUUCAAGGCUUAUGGGGGGAAAGUCUUUUAAAUUUUGUUGUUGCUAGAAACGAUGCCAGAUCAGUCAAGUUGCGGUUGUUUUGUGACGUUCAUCCGCACACGAAGAAUUGUAAUGGAGUGUUUCCACUCAGCGUCUCAACUGCAGAUACCGAUAAGCUUAUUGUUUCCGCAAUUGCCUUGAGGGAUAUUACCAUCGAUUGGGAAGUUCUGGAUCUUCAUCCGGAUAAAACGCGAAAUUGUAUGACCUUCCUGGCUCAAUGUCGAGCAGAAGUCCAGCGGAUGAAAGAGACAAAGGUGAACGAAACCAACGUCUCUUAUUAUGAUCUCGCGACAAGUUCUGUGAGCAAGGUGGCAAUCUAUCUCCAGAAUGGAGACAUUCGCUGGCAUUGGAGCGACGGGGUGCCACACUUUCAUAAUUAUGGGGAACUGAUUGCUUUCAAAGUAAAGAGAGCCGAGAAGAGGAGGAACCUGUCUGCGCAAUGUCUGGCGUACUUUAGCUUCUUGUCUGAAAACUUGACUUUCCUGCCCAAAACAAGUAUGGGCAUCAUUUUACAACACUUGAAUCAGCGAGAUAUGCAAAAUUUCGUUGAAUCUUUCAGAGACAAAGCAGCAAAACAGUUCUCUCGUCCCGGAGGGAAAAAAUGA